UCUCGUAGGACUUGUUAGCGUAUCACGUGCCAGAUUCUUAAUGAAGUGGACACACAGGGGCCUCGUGUGCGCAUGCGCGUGGUGUAAAAUGUAGUUGGAAAUGAGGUGUCCGUCUUGGAGUAGUCGACUUUUAAAAAGCAUCGGCAGCCCGUGAUAUGACGACUUCGCUGGUUCUGCAUCCACGCUGGGCGGACACCUUGAUGUACGUUUAUGAAAAAAGCCCGAAUGAAAACAACCAGAAUAAAAGCCAAACAAUGGAGGGACUGAGCGGUAAUUGCCCUGCGACCCACUGCAGGGACCUGAUGUCGCACCCCGCGCUGGGACGACAUUCUGGCACCAUAGCGACCCACCAGGGCUCCGUCUACUCGGAUAUUUCCUCUCCAGACACCGGCCGGCAGUGUCCCGCUCCUCAGACUUCAUCCAGCGCGUCUUUGAGUUACGGUUAUCCCUUUGGAAACCCAUAUUACGGCUGUAGAUUAUCUCAUUCGCACAACGUGAACUUGCAGCAGAAGCCUUGCUCGUACCAUCCCGCAGAGAAAUAUGCCGAGCCCAGCACAGCGCUGCCCACGGAAGAACUGUCUACCAGGGCGAAAGAGUUUGCCUUCUACCCGAGUUUCGCCAGCUCAUAUCAGGCUGUUCCUGGAUAUCUGGACGUGUCGGUAGUGCCCAGUAUCAGUGCCCACCCUGAACCACGGCACGACGCCUUGAUCCCCAUGGAGGGCUACCAGCACUGGGCUCUCUCCAAUGGCUGGGAUGGGCAGGUGUAUUGCUCCAAAGAGCAAACACAGUCAAGUCAUCUUUGGAAAUCACCUUUCCCAGAUGUGGUGCCCCUGCAGCCUGAAGUCAGCAGUUAUCGUCGUGGGCGUAAAAAGCGCGUCCCCUACACCAAGCUGCAGCUGAAGGAGCUGGAGAAAGAGUACGCAGCGAGCAAGUUCAUCACCAAAGACAAGAGAAGGCGCAUCUCGGCCGCCACCAACCUCUCAGAGCGUCAAGUUACCAUCUGGUUCCAAAACCGACGAGUCAAGGAGAAGAAAUUUGUCAGUAAAUCCAAGAACAAUCACAUGCACACCACUUGAUAAGCGAUCUCCUUGAAACUGCAACUUAAACCUUCCAAAACAUCAUGCCAUAUAUUUACCUCUUGCAUUGAAAAUCUUGGCUCAAGAACAUUUUUGGCUGAGUGUUUCUUUUUCUUUCUUUUUUGUUUUUAAUUUAAGCUCCAUCGCCAACUCCAACGACCAUGGCACCAAGCCCCCAGUUUUCAAUUUAGAGAUAAUGCUCUAAAAACAAAACUGUGAAUAUACUGAAAAUUCACUUCACGUUUGUUUUAUAGGAAUGUACAUAUAUAAAUAUAUAAUAUUUAAAACGAUAUCUGUAUUUCAAAGACAAGUAUUGCGUGUUUUCCUGUUUUCUUUUUCAAGCCAAAUCUCAAAAAGAUUGAGAUUCUAAGACUUGCAACGGGGGAGAUCAAACGGAGGAGACAGUUCGUUUGGUGGCAUUUUUAGAAAGAUAAUCGCCAUAUGGACAAGAAUUGUUGUGGCGUGAUGACACGUUGAACUUGAGACUUAAUCAUCUUCAACAGGAAACUCACAGAGCAGACUUUCAGGAGAAAGACUGAUUUAAAAAGAAAAAAAAAGAUUCCAUCUGAAUUUCAAAAGCUGUGUUCCUCUGUGGAACAUGUUCUCUUAAGCCUGGGGUAAAACAAAGGCUGCUAUGUUGUUAAUCUGUAUAGUGCAAUGCCUUUAUUAUUUAAUUCAUAUUAUCUAGUAUGGCGGAACUGUAAACUGGAAUAUCCCAAAACCUGUAUGUUUUCCUUUAUCAGUGAAGGAUUCUGUCAUGCAACUGGAAUGAUUGUAAACCAUUAAAGUCAGUGAGUAUUACACAUAAAUGCACAAUCGUUUUAUUUUGUUUUUGACUUUGUUAGCGUAGCAUUGGAGCUGAUCACACGCCUUGUACGAAGCCUGUAAUUUCUACUUUGGUGCAGUAUGUGAACUGUAUUGUGGUGUUGAAUUACGUCCUGGUAACGUGUUUCAUAAAUAAAUGAUGAUUAAGAAAAUGCUCAAAUAUUCAAUCAA